AUCUUAGGAGGCACAAGAGAAAAAUUGGUCACAGAAGAAAGAUCUGGAUAAUUGCCAGGUUAUCAUGACUUAGAUUAGUAUCUAGUUUUGCCUUUCAUGUUCAUAUUGGCCAAUGAAGAGAGUUAUAAAAUAGUUGGCUAUUUAUUAGCCCGUGCUAAACUAUCAUCCAGUUCCAUUUCUUUUCCACACCUUCUGCAAGGGUUAGCAGAUACUCAAUGCGAAAUGUACAGGAGCUGGGCAUCAUUCUGCUACUCUGUAUGCAAACUGCUUUAGCUCUAAUGUGUAGAGAAUGUAAAUCCUAUUCACAUCAUAAAUGUGUACAUGAAAUGGGCACAUGCACUGCCAAAGAUGGUGAAUCUUGUCUGCUUGUUAAAUUGUGGAUUCCACCUCAAAAUGCAUAUAUGCCAACUGAUGCAUACUCUAGAUGCCAGAAAAACUGUACAAUGGAUGAUUAUUACUAUGGUGAUUAUAUAGUAAUGGUGAAAUGUUGUGAUGAUUUUGACUUUUGCAAUGAUAUUAUUGUGCCAAGUGAGGACUAUCCCUGAAGAACCUUCAGAUUAUCUCAUGGCUUCCUUCAGUCUUCCUCAUCUUCUUUUUUUUUUCAAAUAACUUCAAAUAAAUGAUAUUUUACCUUGC